AUGGCUGAGUAUGGUCCAACUGCCUUACCUCCAGGCGCCAAUGAUGGCGGCGACGGCUCGAGCAUAAGAACAGCUACGUGGGUGGUUGGCAGCGACAAGAACGCAAGAAGCUUCUUCGUGAAGCAAGAUUCUACCUUUGUACGCUGCAACCUGGCCAAUGCUCUCGAUUUCAACGACAUGAAUUACCAUGUCUUCGAUCCGCCCACUAAUCGCCGAAUCAAGUUCGUGUGGAAGGGCCCCGGUCGUCCCCAGUUCCAGGCUUUUGCACACCAGUACUGGGAGAUCCAGCAAGAGGAACAGGAUUCCCUAGCUCGGGGUGACCGCUUACCUGGUGAAGAUCUCAGUGAAGAUGCUGAAGAAGAGUACGAUAUUGCUGGAGAUGCUGUCUUCGACCACAUCGAACGACUACCAAUACAGCCUACCCAUCAGAUCAACUCUGCAUCAUCUCCUCCGAGUUCUUCACGCAACUUCUCUUCAUCUCCUCCUUCUGGUGGUUAUGGUCGAGGCAGUCCUUCAACUCCCAGAGGUCGCGGCCCUACCAGCCAGCCAGGAUCUGGUCGAGAUUCAAGUGGACGCGGCUCUGGUACUCCUCGAGGUCGUGGCUCAGGUGGCUCAGGUGGCUCCGGACAAGAUCAAGGAUCCCCAAAGUCACCAAUGUCGCCUUAUUUUGACAAGAGCAAGGGUCCAGGCGGUGGCUCUCCUGGAAUUGGAACGGUUUGA